AUGUCCGAUAGUGAAAAGGAUGCCAAAAAGCCUGCGAAAGCCAAAAGCAAAAAGGAACCUCCACAAAUCCAGAUCAGGAAAAGUCGCACCCCGGCACAAUCCAUUCUUGACGAAUUCUGGAAAAGUUACAAAAGCGAACACUGUGGUAGAGUCUCCACCGUCUUGCCUCCUUCUACCCAGGUCAAGAGAUCACGCAGAAAAAUCCCAAGCGUGGCUUUGCGAGAAUCAGUCUCCAUCUCAUACGAUGCAGCUGUAGCGAUCUGCAAAGCACGUGUAGAAACCAUCAUUCGGGAAUGCCAAAGAACGAACCAGAACUUUAUAGACGCUGAUUUCCGCCUCGAAAGUCUCAAGAACGUCCUUUUCCCACUAGCAGCUGCACUUGACUUCGAAUUGAUAUCGCCGGGUGCGUUCAAACGAGUCAAAGACAUCUUCGAUGCACCGAAGUUUUUCAUCAAAGGCGCGACAGUCAAUGACGUCCGGCAAGGACUACUUGGAAACUGUUGGAUGGCAUCGGCAGUCUGUGCUUUGACGAACAAGGAGGGCUUGAUCGAAAAGCUUUGCCCAGCCAGAAACGAGGAGAUAGCAGUAUAUGGAUUUGUGUUUUUCCGUGAUGGCGAAUGGAUCUCAACAGUCAUCGACGAUUUCUUGUUCUUGAAGCAUAAAGAUUACGCCUCGAAUGAGUACCCUCGCGCCUUGUUGCAUAGUGUAGGGCAAGCAGAUGACGAUCAAGAGAUAACCGCAGAGGAGAAAUACCGACAACUGUAUCAGUCUAACUCCAGCGCUUUGCUUUACGGCACAUGUCAAGAUCCGAAUGAGACAUGGUUCCCACUUCUUGAAAAAGCAUUUGCGAAAGCUCAUGGGGCAAGUAAAUCUCUUCUUUUCUAUCACGGGCACAUGAAUACAACAUCUGGUGGCAAGAGUGUACCUUGUUCGCUCUUAAAGGCCCAAUUCCAUCCUUUGAGCAUACUAACAAAGAUCCGGGACUACGGUUCAUUGGAUGGCGGCUUUGGCUUCGAAGCACUCGAAGACUUCACUGGCGGCGUCAGCACCAUAACCUCCCCCAACGACAUCCUCGACACGGAUGCGUUCUGGAAACAGCUGUUACAAGUGAACGACAAAUUCCUUUUCUGUUGUAGUUCGCAUCCCGAGCGCGAAAAGGUACCUGAUAACUUCGAUGUCCUUACAACGGAUAGAGGCAUUCUAGGUUCUCACGAGUAUUCUGUCAUCAGAGCAGUGGAAAUGGAGGGCAAGCGGCUUUUGCUACUUAGAAAUCCUCAUGGACAAGGAGAGUGGAAUGGUGCUUGGAAAUAUCUCGACACCAAGUUUUCUUUCACGAUCGCCAAAGCAGCUCUUGUAGUCAUCGUCCUUACCAAACUUGACGAAACUUAUUUCCAGGGAUUGAAAGAAGGCCCGUAUUCCUUCACAACUUCGUUUCGCGUUGAGAAAAUCGGCGAAGGCUCCACCAUCCUUGAAAUCGACGGCUUACACGCAAUCGCACGAUCAAUAUUGGCAGAGCUAGAACUGGGAGCUGGCGAAUACCAAGUCUCUGUUAAAAUCAAAACCCUUUACGAAUCUAGCUCACGUUCCAUUGAGCAGAUAGUUCGCAAAAACAUAGUUACUCGUUCCGAGAAAGUGCUGCAAACGGGACUACGCUACGAUGAAGCCCAUUUUAAAGCUAAGCUAGAAGAUGAAGAGUAUCAGAGAGAAGUCGCCAAACAGAUGAAAGAAUCUCGAAAAGCAAGAUUAGUAAAGAAACUCCGAGCAGAGAUGACGAAAGUAAAGCGAAGAGAGAAGCACACAGCCAACAAAAAGAAGCGCAAACUCCUCGCAGCUAAACUCAAGAAAUUAGCAAGCGCCAGAGCCAAGACUCCUGAUCCAGCACCGACUCCGAUACCAAGAGUCCUCAAAAGGACCAGGCAAUCAACCAAGAAAUCCAACUCGGAACCGGCAAUUAUCGAAGCCACUACUACAACCACAAUCGUCGAAAUCGACAACGAUUCAGACUCCUCCAUCACCUCCUCCGUAUCCUCCAUCUCGACCGACGAAGUAGAAUCCGAAAUCGAGAAAUUAAGACAAGAAGCUUAUGCCAAGAAGAUUUUCCCUCUCUCAGGGCCACCGCCAACGCAACCUCAAUCCGAGUCGCCGUUCCCGGACGAUGGUUCGAUUAUCCCUGAUUGGAACGCGUGUCUGGUAUUAGGACUGCGAGUCUAUGCGCUGAAUAGUGAUGUUGAGUUGCGGAUUAUUAGGCCUGAGUGGGAGCCCAGGGAUGAGAGCGAAGAGAGUGGGGAUGAUGAGUUGAUGAAAGAGAUUGUGCAGGAAGAGCAGAGAAAUGGGGUGAAAGUGGUAGCUGAGAACGACAAGUUACUUGAGAUGAUUACUUCUUUGUAG